AUGGGGAAAUUGAAAUGGAUCUUCUCUGGAUUCUUGAUAUUGUGCUUAUCAGUAGGAGCUGGUGCAAUUUACGAUUACGAUAGAAACUACGACUAUCCGGAUGUCAAUUCAAACGGAGUCUCUAAUUUUUCGAUAUACGAUGGAAUGCCAUUUGAAGAAGAAAUGUGUUCAGCAGAUGAAUGUAUGAUUGACAAAUCUUGGACCUCUGACGAAAAGUGUGCAUACAUCAAAUGUAACAAAGAUUCAUGUGAAGGCGGUGGAUACUUGACAUGGUCAAUGUAUGUCAAGUGUCAGUAUAAUAUUGGAGUCAGGGUGAUACUCAUCAUUCUUGGAAUCAUCUAUCUGAUUAUCCUCUUUGUCAUCAUGUCAUCCAUCGCUGACGACUUCUUCUGCCCUGCAAUCUCUGGAAUAGUCACUCAUCUGAAAAUGAGUGAAUCCAUUGCUGGGGUAACUUUCUUGGCUUUUGGAAACGGAGCUCCCGACGUCUUCAGUUCUAUUUCUUCUGUUCUGACAACUCCAAAACCAAAAGCGGAUCUGGCACUUGGAGAUUUGUUUGGUACCAGCAUCUUUGUCACAACUAUCGUCUUGGCUAUUAUCAUUUUCACCAAAUCUUUUCGAGUAGCUAUUAUUCCAACUCUUCGUGACUUGAUUUUUUACAUGAUUACUCUUGCUUUUAUCGUUUUCUGUUUUUUGAAAUUUGAUAGAAUCGAAGUUUGGAUGCCAGCAACAUUCCUUGGAAUAUACGGAGUCUAUGUAGUGACUGUUAUUAUAUUUGGAAUUUACCGUAGUCAGAGAAAGAAGAGAAAUUUGAAAAAGAAGAACAAUUCAUCAGAUGAAGAGUCCCUAUCUCGUCCAGCUAGUGCAGCCUCUGACGCUCCAAUUUAUGGAGAAAUCAAAAAGAAAACAGAGCCAAUUUCGAUGUCUGCUCUCUUUCAGUUUGCUAUUGGGUAUUCUCAAUUUAUGAAAAAUCUCACAAGAGCAAACAAACAACGAACAAUUCAUGACAACAAUAACGAAAAAGGGAUUGUAAAUCAAGGAUUCAAUGGAUCCUUGGACUCAGAUAUUCCACCAAAACCACACAUUUCCAAGAUUUUCCAGCAAAAUACAUUCGAAACUGAUCUCGAAAGUUUGGAAACUCUAGAUGAAAUCGAAGAUAGUGGUGACGAAGGAAGAGAAGAAGAGUUCGCAUAUGCACAUCAUACAGUAUUCACCUCUCACGAUCAGAUCAGUUUGGCUGCAACUGAAAUUGAAGAAAUCAAAUUAACGACUUGGAGAUCUUGGGAUUGGGUUUGGGAUUUAUUCAAUCAUUUGAGAUCAUGGCCAACAAGAAAAGAGUUCGGCGAGAUGAACAUCUUUGUGAAAAUCCUCGCAAUUAUCAAGAUAGUGCCAGUGUUCUUCUUCAAAAUGACAGUUCCUUCGAAUGAGAUGAGUUGGUGUAAACCUCUUUUCAUUCUCCACUGUUUCGCUUCAAUUCAAUUUGCUUUAUUCUCAAUUCAAAUCAUAACUCUGAAGCCAUUUGCCGGAAGUCCAGGCCUCUGGCUCUACGGUCUCGCUUUCUCAGCAAUUCUUGCUCUCGUGGCCAUGUACUUUCUCCCAUUAAGCAAAGAGCAAAAAUACUACAAGGAAGUAUACUCCUACUUAGGUUUUCUUAUGUCAAUAGCAUGGAUUUACGCGACUUCGAAUGAAAUUGUUAGUGUUGUGACUAUGAUUGGAGUGGUCACGGGAUUGUCAAUGGAAUUGUUGGGACUAACAAUUAUGGCAUGGAGUAAUUGUAUUGGAGACAUUGUGGCUGACAUUGCAGUUGUGAAACAAGGAUUUCCAAAAAUGGCAAUGGCAGCAGCUAUCGGAGGACCUCUUUUCAAUCUUCUCAUCGGAUUCGGACUACCAUUCACUAUUGCAGCUGCUCAAGGAAAAGAAAUUGAACUUCUGAUCAAUCCAGUGUAUCGUCUUCUGAUGCUCUUCCUUGGAAUUUCUCUCGUCACAACAUUCGUUGCUCUCUUCGUUCAAAAGUUCACAGUCCGCUGGCCUCAUGCAGUUGCUCUCAUCUUCAUUUUUGUCACUUUCCUUAUCUUUAUCUGUCUUGCCGAAUUCCACGUUUUGGAGUGGAAGUAG